AUGGGUUACGAAGACUCCGUUUAUCUCGCCAAGCUCGCGGAGCAGGCUGAGCGUUAUGAAGAAAUGGUGGAGAACAUGAAGCAGGUUGCCUCCGAGGACCAAGAAUUGUCCGUCGAAGAACGAAAUCUCCUCUCUGUUGCCUACAAGAACGUCAUUGGCGCCCGCCGUGCUUCCUGGAGAAUCGUUACCUCAAUCGAGCAGAAGGAGGAGUCGAAAGGAAACUCAUCUCAAGUUACCCUUAUCAAGGAGUACCGUCAAAAGAUCGAGGCCGAGCUCGCCAAGAUCUGCGAAGAUAUCCUUGAGGUUCUCGACAAGCACCUGAUUCCUUCAGCCAAGAGCGGAGAGUCUAAGGUCUUCUACCACAAGAUGAAGGGUGAUUACCACCGUUACCUUGCUGAGUUCGCUAUUGGCGACAAGCGAAAGGAGUCGGCCGAUAAGUCCCUCGAGGCUUACAAGAAUGCCACCGAAGUUGCCCAGACCGACCUUGCACCCACACACCCAAUCCGCCUUGGUCUUGCCCUCAACUUCUCCGUCUUCUACUAUGAGAUCUUGAACUCCCCUGAUCAGGCAUGCCACCUUGCCAAGCAGGCGUUCGAUGAUGCUAUUGCUGAACUUGAUACCCUCAGCGAGGAAAGCUACAAGGACUCCACGCUGAUCAUGCAACUCUUGAGAGACAACUUGACCCUCUGGACUUCCUCCGAGGCCGAGCCGGCCGCUGAGACGAAUGCCGCCCCAGCUGCCGAGACAAAGGAGGCACAGCCCGAGGCUGCUGCCGCUGCACCAGCAGAGACCAAGGCUGAAGAAUAG